AUGGACAGCAAGACUCUUCAUUCAGAUAUCGCGUGGAACGCAUUGUUGCGCGAGGUUCGAAUCAACAAGAUCAGUCUUCGUCAUGGUGGUUCCUCUACGGCAACAUCUGGUCGAAAGAAACGACGACAGCAAGAUGAUGACAUUGCGGAUAUCAGUAACGACCGUAAGAUCCGAUGUCUUCGAAUCAGCAGAGUCGGUGAUGUCUUGGACGGCAGCAGCAGCAGUACCUUUCUCAAUUUGAGUCCUCCUUCCUCAACCAUCGGCGAUGAAUUGAGUUUCACGUUUGGUCGACAUCAUUACAAGUCCAUUUCCCUGCCAAGCCUAUCCAAGACAUCAUGUGCUUGUUCGGGAGGAUCAUCAUCUCGAUUUGACAUUUUCUCUUCCUAUCGCUGUCCCUGCAAGAAGAAGACUCAAUCUAUGAGCAGCAAGAAGAAAUCUUUGCUGGUUGGCGCCAGUAGUAGAAAGAUGCGUGGAGGCGACAUCCUCUACUAG